AUGUGGGUCCCAAGAUGCCGACUACCCGCCAAGAGUGACAGACUCCCCAGUUCCACGCCCCCAGUGCCAGAACACGCUAGCCAACCGCGGGCGCCUGGGCAGAAAACCAGGCAGCACCUAGAUCCUUACUACUGCGCAUGCGCCACCGCGUGUCCUGAUGACGUGGCCACGCCGGCUGCCAGAGAAGCCCGAUUAGCGAACAAACCCUCUGGUGCCUACAGCGCCCUCCUUCGCCUGAGGCCGGUAGUACAGCUCAUGCACAUGACCACUCAGACUUCAUGUGGUAUCAUCUUCUCAUACUGAUCCACAGCCAAUCCUUCAUCUUCUCUCACCAUGUCAGAAAAUUUCCAAAAUCCAUCUUUACUUGGAACUCCAAACUCCCUGCAGCUCUCGCUUCCUGUGGUGAGCGAUGCAGCUUCCUCAAGAGGAAGUGUCUGCAAUCUCUCCAGAGUCUCUGCUCCAGCUGUCAGUUCAGCAUGGCUACUGCCAUCAGCCUCGGGCACCUCUUCCCAGCCACUCAUGGGGAGUGCCUACCUUUACCAACAUUCUAGCACAACCACGCUAUCUGGAGUGACUGGCCAGAGCCAGAGCUCCACCUCAGCUGCUUCCUAUCCAGGUCUCUUUGAGUGGGGCAUCCCAGGAAGCACUGCACAGGAGUCAUCUUCACUCACAGACUGCACUCUGACUGUCAUUGGCCAGACAGUAGUUUCUUCCAUGUCUAUGGCAGCCGAGUAUGACAGAACUUCAGAUGCCAAUAACUUGGUCCCACUGUAUCCAUCACUUUAUGCCAGCCUUGCUCAGGGAACACCAUCUCAGGUUCCAAAUCAGGGACACAGCCUGUCACUUCCCUACCAGGAAGGAAGCCAGGUGUACUACUAUGGUCACGGCACACUGGGGCCUCUGCUGUCUGGAGAACUUGGCCCCUGUCUGCAGUCCUGCGGCUCUGUGUCCUACACAGGAGCUGGGACCUCUGCCCCUCAACCAGAAAUGGGGAUGGUUCUAAAGGAGAUUCAGCCCACAAAUAUCCUACCACCAGCCUCCACCUCUGGGCUCUACUAUGGUGUCUCUGCUCAACCCAUCACACAAACCAGAUUUCAAGUGGUGGAAACUUCCCUGGGGAUGGAGACUUCCCUGGGCCAGACAUUUUUCCUACAGCAAACUCUGGAAUUCCCCAAAUCCUGCAGUAGCAGAAAUACCCAGAUGCUGCAGAGUAACCCACCACCUGAGCCUGGGGACAUUUCACUGACAGCUCCACUCCAGACUUCGAAAAGUAACUUUCUGGCACUGUCUCCAGCACCAAAGAAUUGGGAUGAGUUUAACACCAACCUUUCAAAGCCUCUGGAUCCCGACCAGAUCCCAAUAGAAAACCAAGAUCCCCUGCUACAUCCUUUAGAAAUUCCUGAUAUUCUCCAGCUCCUGACCUGCAUUGAUCCCCUCAGGCAACAGGAGCAGCCUGGUUCUGGAAACGCUGAUCUGGGAAAGAGUAGCCUGAGUCUUGAGGAUCGGCCUGCUGUGGCUGACCCUGCCCGGCCUGGUUCUACCAACUCAGCUCAACCAACUGCAGUCAAUUCCGCCCGGCCAGCUCCUGCAUCUUUGAUAGGUCCUGCCAGACCAGCUCAGCCAAUUUCCACCAACCCCACUAGACCAGGUUUGACCUACCCCACCCGGCCUAGUGCUCCUCAGACCACUGCUUCAAGGUCUGUACCCUACAGAACAGCAUCUUGCAUAUCUCUCCAGGGGCAGCCUGUUCCCACUGCUGUGACCAAGCUCCAGGGCCUGUCCAAGCCUCAAACCCAAUUUCUACUCCAAGACUUCAGCAACCAACCAAUUCCAUGGAGGAAAUCCAAUGUUUCAGGGCCAGUGGUCUCAAAGCCCAUCACAGAAGAGCAGAGGCCAGAGCGGGAGGCCAUGAAGAGGCAGGCUCAAUGGGAGCGUGAGAAGGCUGCCAAAUACACCUCUUUGGGGAAAGUGCAGAUUUUCACUGAGAGGGAAAAAGAAAAGGAAAUUGCUCGAUACUACAGGUAUGCAAUAUAA